AUGUCUGCUGCAAAGCCUUUCGUACUGCACUGGGGGAUAAUAGGCGCAGGCGGGAUCUCGUCUCGCUUUGUGGAGGAUCUUGUCCUCCAUCCCGAGGGUCGGGGUACUACGGACGUUGCUCAUGCUGUUGCUGCUGUCGGCUCGCGCUCCCUGGAUAAGGCACAGGAGUUCAUUCAAAAGUAUUGUCCUGAGGGCGGGUUUGCACAGAAAGCUGGUUUGACUUCGACUAAAUCUGUUGCUCGUGGGUCAUAUGCUGAGGUAUAUUCUGAUCCGAAUGUCGAUAUCAUAUACGUCGGAACCCCGCAUUCCUGUCAUUUUGAAGAUGCAAAAAAUGCAUUGGAUGCCGGAAAGCAUGUUCUUCUCGAGAAGCCUGCCACUCUGAAUCAAGCCGAGUUCGAAGUAUUAUCCAAACUAGCAAAGUCAAAGAACUUGUUCCUUAUGGAAGCCGUUUGGACACGCUUCUUCCCACUGACAUUUGCUCUUGAGGACGUACUCUUCAAGCAAGAAGCGAUUGGUGAGAUUAGGCGUCUUCAGUCUGAUUUCAGUAUUGAUUUCAUCGAUGUACUUGAUAAUGAAAGUCAUCGAAUGUUAAAUAUUAAUCUCGCCGGUGGCGGACUUCUCGACCUUGGUCCAUAUCCUCUCGUCUGGGCCCUUUUGUUACUUUACAACCAUCCGCAGAAUGGACGCACCCCACCUACAAAUAUCAAAGCAUCAAUGGAGAAAUAUAAAACAGGUGUAGACCUUCACACGAACUGGACUCUCGAUUUCCCGCGUAUUGGGAAGACAGGAGCACGGGCAGUUCUCAGUACGAGUAUCAAUGUGAAUAGUCCACUCGAUGUUGUCACGCGCAUACAGGGAACUAAAGGAGAGAUCCUCUUACCGUGGGCAACGGCUCGUCCUGACCGUUUCACAAUUCGCCGAUCAAAAGUCGGUCGUGGCCCACAAGAAUACACAGAAGAAAUCAAGGUGAUUCCGAUCCAAGGUAUGGGGCUCAACUGGGAAGCGGAUGCUGUUGCCCGUGAUAUUCGAGAUGGUAAGAUCGAGAAUGCUCGCAUGCCUCAUGCAGACACAUUGCUUGAGCUUGCGAUUUUCGACGAAGUGCGUCGUCAGGGAGGUUAUGUAUUCCCCGAGGGAAUGGAGAAAGUGAAGCUAUCCACUUGA